CGCACAGUUUCCUGCGGUUUGCGUCUAUGCCUGCUAUGCAGAAACAUUAAGGCAACCAAGAAUAUCUAACCUAGAAUGUUUCUUCGUGAUGUUGUCUUGGUAUGUGACGAAUUGUUUGAUCUCAUUAUUACUUGUUGUUCAACACCACUGUAGUACAAAACCAAGGCAUUGUUUUAAAAAGCCGACCUAUGGCCGCACAGAAGUCAUUCAGCGGUCCAUCCCGCCGCCGUAACUUUCUGGCCUCAGAGACCACGCCAUCCAAGGUAUCUGAUGGCUUUGGUAGUUUGGCUUGGGGGGAGUCUCUCAGUAAAUCUCAGUCCCGUCGGGUGAUCAUGAGCAUCGAUUUUGGUACCACAACUUGUGAGGUGUCAUACGCAGUCCUCGAUCAUAAUAGAAACAGUAGGCAUGUACCUGCAGCAGACAUCAACUACAUUACGAAUUGGCCAGACGACCCAAACCACCUCUAUGAUUUCCCAGCGGCUGUUGGAGUUCCCUCAGAAAUCAUCUACCCUACAACUGACGACUCGUCUACGAUCGACGACUCACCUAUGAUUGACGACUUCGAUUGCAGUUCGAGUGCUGAUAGUACCUGGCGCACAGAAGUAGGAUCUCCCCAUCAUCAAAUCGCAAGACAUCUACGUUGGGGCUACCAAGCCCGGGGCUCGUCAGAUGGAGGAACACUAUUGAAGCGCUUUAAACUUAUGCUUCAGGAUGACAUCAGAACGCAUCAAGUGCGACGUGAUCUUGCGCCGUUACUGUCACAAAUCGGCUACCACGACGCCUCAAACGCGCAUAUUUGCGCUAUAUCUGAUUAUCUGACAUGUCUGCUGAGGCAUGUGAAGAGCGAGUUGAUUGCACAGGACAGCUACAAAGAAUGUGCUUUUGAGGUUGUCCUAUGUAUCCCAGCUAUCUGGACGCCGAAGGCAUGCAGAGAAAUGCAGACUGCACUUGCAUUGGCCUUCACGCAUGCGGACUUUGAUCAGGUGACCACAGAACAGAAUUCAAUCAACGGACUCUUCCUUGUGUCUGAACCCGAAGCAGCGGCAGCGUGGGUUUUACAAACCAACACAAGUAUUUCGGCGGGCGAUACCUUUGUACUUGUUGAUGCUGGCGGCGGUACGGUAGAUGUCAGUAUCUAUACCGUUUCCCAAAAAGUUCCUUUGAGGCUUCAAGCGGAAGGGAUUACACCUCAAGGUGAUCUUUGUGGAUCGAGCUAUCUGAACGAGCUUUUCUUCCGCUACAUUCGUAGCAGGCUCGAGGGUGCAGACUACCUGACCAGACGAGGAGAGACAUUGGACGAGAUAGCUCACACAAUCACCAUGACUGAGUUUGAGCUGAUCCACAAAAGAAACUUCGACAUUUUCCAUAAAAGUGAAUCCAACAAGUUAAUCAAGUGCGUAGGCUUGGAACAAAAUAUGAACCAAGGUUUUCGAAAAAAUUACAUUGAGGUACCUUUCCACCACAUGAAGGAAAAGGUUUUCAAACCUUGCCUACAGCCUACGUGGGAACUUGUUCAAGCACAGAUUGAACGAUAUCGAAACCUCGCAGGGGCGGACAAAGUAAUCGAUAAAGUCGUCUUGACCGGCGGCUUUGCAGGAUCAAUUUCUCUAAAUAGAUAUCUUGAACGCAAGCUUUGGGCAUAUUCCAGGCGGUACGGUUAUCCAAAGAUUGAUGUACUUGUGCCGAAUAGAGACGUAUCCGCAGUUGCUUCUGGAGGGAUUCUCCGAUCUUUGAACAAGGACCUCGGGCCGGCUCGCUUUAUUCGCUCUAGCUUCGGCCUUCUUCGCACUGAGCCCUGGGACGACGAGAAGGAAGAAUUCAAAAUUGCUGGGUUGACAAAGCCGCAACGGAGCUCGACUGACGGUGGAUAUUGGGUAAGGGAUACCAUAUAUUGGGUCCUGAAACAUGGUUCCGAAGUCGUAACUCGCUCCAAUAACAAACCUGCCGAGCCCGUAUGGACAUCUGAGGCCAUCUCCUGUACUCACACAAUUGUUGCCACUCAAGGUCCACUGCGGUGUGAAGAGUUGCUCUUCGUGUCUGACUCAGACACCGAAUCAUACUAUAAGAGAGAUCAUUCAAAGAACCACGGUGCGGAAGUCAUCGGAAGAAUCAUCACAGACUUCACUUUCCUUCGCAAGCAAGGCUUGAUUAGGCCACGACAACGCUUCGACGAGGAGACAGGCAAACCGGUAGGCAGAAAACAUUAUGAAGUCGAGUACGAACUCUUCUUGAGAGUUGUUGGAAGAGACCUACAAUGCUACGCCAAGUAUAAGGAUACCGAAAUUCAGCGGUGCCAGAUCAACAUUGCUUCCGCCUUUGACGCUGGCGUGGAAUGAUGGCAGGUCAAGGUAUCGCCAACCAGAGCAAUACUUAACCGAGAAAGGGAGACCAUUAUGUUAGGAGGAUAGGCGACGGGGUUUUUUGGAGUCACGUAUAUUUUAUUGAAGCACAGUGAGCCAGAGUGAAUUAUAGGAGGGGUUUCAUCCAUUGCCCAACUGCGAAUGA